AUGAAGGACAACUUUUCAAGUAGCAGACAGUCUUAUACAUCAAAUAGCCAACAAGCAGAUAUACACUGGAAAAUCUCUCCGAGGACAAUGCAGUUACCUCCAAAGUCUUCCCAACCUAAAAUUUCCCUGCCAAAAUUAUUCGAAGAACAGAAAGAAAAGUAUCCCUCAAUUGAUAAAGGCAGUGCUCAUAAUGUAACAAAAAGGGAGGUUGCUGCUGAAAAGUCUGUUGGUGUUGACAAAAUAAAUGGAACCCCCACAGGAAAAGGAUCUGUGGAACCAGAAGCUAUUAUCCAGUCAAAUCUUCGUGAGAGGCUUGGUUGCAUUUAUGACAAGGUUCUUGUGGUUGAUACUGUCUCUGCUGCAAAGGAAGUAGUUGGUAUGCUCACAAAUCAAUACAGGCAUAUGGUCCAUGCAUGUGACACGGAAGUAUCAAAGAUUGAUGUUAAGCAGGAAACACCAGUUGAUCAUGGAGAAAUUGUAUGCUGCAGUAUUUAUUGUGGACCGGAAGCGAAUUUUGGAAAUGGCAAGUCUUGUAUCUGGGUAGAUCUUCUUGAUGAGGACGGGAGGAAUCUUUUGGCUGAAUUUGCUCCUUUUUUUGAAGACCCGUCAAUUAAAAAGGUGUGGCACAACUAUAGCUUUGAUAACCAUGUUAUAGAGAAUUAUGGACUUAAACUUGAUGGUUUCCAUGCUGAUACAAUGCACAUGGCCCGAUUGUGGAAUUCAUCAAGAAGAUUAGAAGAGCAAUGGGUGGUGUAGAAAGGUUGAAAUUGAAUGGGGAAACCAUGCCCUAUCCAACAGAGUUCAGGAAGCUGUCCAGGCAAUGUUAAACUUUGUCAAAAGAGAGGGCCCCAAGGGAUGGGAUGACCCAUGGAGUUAAAUAUCAACUUUUUUUUCCUUUUUUUUUUUGAAUUGUUAUGUCAUUGAAUUCAGGCAAUGGUGGUCCUCCUUUUAGUUGUUUGAUUUUUUUAUAGGUACGGAAUGGCAUCUAUAGCGAAGUUAGUAGAUUAGUAUAGUUUCUUUUCUUCUGAAAGAACUUAGAGUUUCAAUGGAAAGUUCAAAGACUUGUAUAUCUGACAUAAUUGUGGCAUGAAUGAAG